AUGGAGGUUGAAGUGGUGUUCCACAAGCUCUUCUGGAUAGCUGCUAAUGCUUUUUGGGUUUCUCACCACCGUCUGCAAUUCACCAAAAACACAAACUCACCGUAUUGCUCCUCCCCGCCUUCUCCUUUCUCAUCCCGUUCUCUCACGUCGCCGUGGACACUUCCGGAACCGGCGGUCAUUAGUCUUGCUUUGCUAAUUGUGGGUUUCCAGGAGAAAAAGUUGUUGCGUCCGCCUACUCCAUCCGAGGUGUAUUACAAAGGCCAUGCUAAAGAGAAUGGUGAAUUCGUGGACGAGACGUCACGAAAAGUUUGGACUGAUUUUCAAAGCAAGAAAUCUACCAACUUGGAGGACGAGAAUCCUAAAACAGAGAACGAGUUGUUUUUGGAAGCCUUAGGUGGAUGGAAGAAUGGGAGAGUGUAUGGUCUUGGAAAUGCUACUGACAACUUUUAUGUGAAACCAAACAACGACCCAAGUUUAAAGAAAGUGCGGAAUGAGCUAGUGACUAAUUUGACAAGUAAUGUUGAACAACUCUCUUCGAAAAAUUUGGAACAAGCAAAGGAGAUUGAAGAAACAAAGGUAGUCCUAGUUGAAACAACAACGAAGCUCAGUGAAACAGAAAAAAAGCUUGAUGAAACAACAAAACAGCUUAAAGAAACAACAGAUGCUAUGAAGGCUAUGCAAGCUCAGAUUCUUUUCCUAACUGAAAAUGUCAUUUUGCGCCAAUCUUGAAUGCUGAUUAUCAGAAGAAAUUGCUUUGCUUUGUGUUAUUUUUCGCUUGUUGAUUGAAACACAUUUGGACAAUUAGUUUUGCGUAGAGUUUUUUUUUUUUUUCUAGUGAAAGCAGGUAAACAAUUCUUAUAUUUAGGGGAUUACAGGUUAUAUAUUGCAUAUCUAUGCAAUUUUGUUGGGAUGAAACUUGUUUUGUAGGGUUUGAAUUGAUUUUUAAUGAAAGUUUUUAUUAUUUAUUCGUUGUUGUAAAUAUUGCAUCAAUAAAUUUGAUUUGAAUUUAUUUCAGAAUUUGAAAAUAGAGCAGUAAAUAAAGCAAUAGAAAAAAUAUUUUGUUGCUAGGUUUGGCAACCAAAAAAUAUCCAGUGCAAAUUUUGUUGCUAGUUUAAUAGCUAAUGUUAGCAACCAAAUAUAUAAUUUGUUGCCAUUAUUUACAACAUAAAUAAAUAAUUUGUAGCUAAUGUUAGCAACCAAAUAAAUAAAUUUGUUGCCAUUGUUAGCAACCAAAAAAAAAUUAUUU